AUUUAUUUAUUUCUCCUUUUUAAUUGGUAAAUUAUUGCUAGUUAAAUGGAAAAAGUCGAUGUGAUUGGGUUUGGGUUAACGUAAUAUAUAAGAUCCACGAGCUAAUCAGGAAAGAAAGCCUUCGUGUCUUGUGAAGAAAACGAAAUCCAAAACGAAGGGGAAGCGAAAGAAAGAAUGGGGGUAGAGGAAAAUCUGAAAUCGUUGAGCACCAAGGAAGAGGAGAAUAAGAACCGUAAUCCUAACCUGAAAGAGGAGGGGGAUGACGAUACGACGUUACCUUCGCAAAAAAAAGGUAUAAUGGAGCAGCCUCACCAGCUGGAACACUUGUGGACCUUCUGGUUCGAUAACCCAUCUGCCAAAUCCAAGCAUGCUACUUGGGGCAGUUCUAUGCGCGCUAUUUACACUUUUUCCACUGUUGAACAAUUCUGGAGCCUUUACAAUAACGUUCAUCACCCAAGCAAGUUAGCUGUGGGAGCUGACUUUCAUUGUUUCAAAUAUAAGAUUGAGCCAAAGUGGGAAGACCCUGUUUGUGCUAAUGGAGGCAAAUGGUCUGUAACGUUCCAUAGGGGAAAGUCAGAUAGGUGUUGGCUGUACACGUUGCUGGCUUUGAUCGGAGAACAGUUCCGGUAUGGCGAUGAGAUCUGUGGAGCAGUUGUCAACGUGAGAGGCAGGCAGGAAAAAAUAGCAUUGUGGACCAAGAAUGCCACCAAUGAAACUGCUCAGAUAAGCAUUGGAAAACAGUGGAAAGAGUUACUUGGUCAUAAGGAAACUAUAGGCUUCAUAUUUCAUGAGGAUGCAAAACGUGAAAGAGGUGCCAAGAAUCGCUACACUGUAUGACUUGUAUAGAGUUCUUCUUCUUCUAUACUAGCUGCUGAGCUUGAAGAUACAUUGGUUUUGAGGACCUGGAAAACUCCAAUGGCUUUCUCUUUUUCUGUUUGCCUCAUUAGCAAAUUCUGAUUUGUUUCUUCCGUGGCUGUUUCAACAAGGAUUUUGAGCUGUAGAAGCGAUUUCCAAUACUGCUUUAAUUUUCAGUCUUGACCAUUUAGAGGAUGGUGCUUUUAAAGUACGACUCCAUUUUCGUU